UACCCCGGCUCCUCUCUCGGUCUCGGUUGAUCACCGCGGCGCUCGUCGUCUACCGCCCUUCUCCGGCGAUCCUCGGCGAUCUCAUCCUUGGGUGAUUGGAAGGCUAGAAUAGAUGGAGAUACCACAGCAGCAACAAUCAAUUUGGGGUCAUUUACCAUUGUUGGUGGGCUCGAGCUCGAAGGAGUCAGUGGAGUACAUCCUGCAAGCCUUGUGGCGCACCCGCCGCACCGGCCUUGACUCCGCCGACCGGAUCAUCAUCCGUGACAUGCUUCAUCUCCCUGAUGAUUCCGAUCUCGAUCCUCUUUUGCUUUGUCUUCGGAUAUUAAUCCGGCGGUGUGUAUAUGCUAACAUAAGCAAGGAUGAGAUACAAAAGUUGUUUCCUGAAGAGGUAUUACCUGAGUUAAAAAGGCUGCUAACUUUGCUCUUACAAAAGUUCCAACGAGAGUGGAGAGAAGAUAUACAGAAUGAGCAGGGUUCUUUGCCCCACCUGAAGGCGAUGACAAGCGAUAUGGCCAAUGAAAAGGAAGAUUCAACUGGUCAAGUUCCUGUUGUUAAUAUGGAGCUACAAAGUGAUAACCAACGCUUGUCAGGGGAAACUGAAAUCAAAUUCCAACUUGAGAAAGAUGCUCUGGAAACAAUGCUGAAGUCCAUGUACUCAAUAAAGGGAUCAGUGGAUACUGAAGUUCAAAGAUUUUUUCUUUAUUUUCUUUUUAGAUGGUCUCUAUGUUUUAUCAAUCUCAAAGUCCAACAAAUGGAAUCAUGCACCCUUAGAUACAGAGAAAAGACUGCCGUUGGAUGGUCUUUAGUUUUUGUCAAUCUCAAAGUCCAGCAAAGAGAAAGGACAGCCGGUGGAUGGUUGUUUAUCAAUCUCAAAGUCCAGCAAAUGGAAUCAACCGCACCGUGCGGGUACUCGACGCGGAUUGGCUUGUUAUCCUCUCGAUAUCCCUUUUUCUUCUCCACGGUUAGCUAUUUCCCUCUCUCUCUUCCUCUCUGCUCCUCGGCGCUACCGCUGCGGCCCUUCUCCGGCGAUCUCCUUGCUAGCCUCUCCUCUCUCUCCGGCACCGGGCUUAUAUUGCUGAUAAAUGAGGACCUGAUUGGGAUAAUGGCAUUAAUAACUCAUCAGACACAGGUUUCUUACCCAAAGGUUUCCCCAAAAACCAAAUCAUGGACCAGAGGGGUGAAGUUGAAAGCUUCUGUAUCCUUUCAGUUGCUUAAUAGAGUAGAUCAUGUUAUUCCUUUGGAGCAUAGGCUUCGUCUGAGAAACCAUCCGAUAUGUUGGAUGAAAGGGAAAUCUUUUAAAAUCAAAUCUUUUAAAGGCAACGCCCAAAAUAGUGAAUCAGAUGGCAGAGACAGUAGCACCAAGUUCUCCAAGGCCACCUUUCAGCUUUCCAAAACACAAAAUGGAAGAGAGGAUUUUAUUACAGAAUCACCCCACCCGGAGAAGCGUACAUUAUCUUAUACAUCUGGAGACAGAGAAGAUAGUGUUGGGAGUUCUCGUGCAAUACAGAAUUUAUUCAGAAAAUGGUUGAUCAUAUUGCGGUCACAGGCCUCAAAUCAAAUAGUUGAUGUAGAUGUGAAGAAAGAACAAGUCCAGACUGGAAUAUCUCAAAGUCAGAACAUGACAUUUAAAAAGAGAUCAGGGCAAAUAGUGAAGGCUGCAUUUAUGUUCUUCAUUGGUCUUGAUGCGGCAAUAAGUCUCCCACUAUUGAUAUUCGUACCUUGGUAUCUGACAGUUAAUAUGGUUUAUGGAGCUGAAGUGACAAAAGAGUUGGCGCCUCUAUGGGUUCUUGGGCCCAUAAUUGUUGCCCUUUACGUAAAGAUAGUCCAGGGACUCUGUGCGCUUUACGUAUACUGCUUUAAGCAAGCUAUUAGGUUGAUAAGGAAUUUACCUGCUUACUCUUUGUUGGUGUAUAAUUACAUUUCCGAGGGAAAGCUCAAAGCAUUUAUUUGGGCUUAUUUCUGGAAGCCUAUAAUAGACAUCAAGAACUUGGACUACGGAGAACUGGCUAGACAAAAACUAAAACAAAUCCAAGAAUGGGGAAUGGAGAAGUAUCUAGAUUAUGUGGAAUCUAUAUGGCCAUACUAUUGCCGAACAAUCCGCUUUUUAAAGAAAGCAAAUCUCAUCUAGGAGAAUUUUUUUUCCUUUGUCAGGUAGUAUUCCUUCAAGAUCACAAUUCUAAUGUGUUCUUGGUUCAAUGGAGAACCAUCUACUUUUUUAAGUUCAUUAUGGUGAUCGACGAUCAGAAGAGGUGAAGCAGGACCAGAAUUCGCGGGAUCUUAAAUUUAUACGUCUUUUGGGGCUCUGAGUCUACUGAAAACAUGAGACAAUUUUUUUCUUGUGCUGAGAGAGGGAGAUUGUUAGGAAUGAGAAAUGAUUUGGUUGUCUGUAAUUUGUAACCCAAAAGGAAUUGGUGUAUUUUUGUUAUUUCUCACACUGUUCUUGUAUUCUUUGCCCAGGAUAUGUAUUCUAAAUUUAGGGUUUCAAGUGAUUACUAAUA